AGGAGGAGGGGGGGGCGGUGGUGUUGUUGGGGGAGGGGGUUGGUGAAGGAGGUUGAGGAGUGGUGGGGGGAGAGGUUUUGUAGGGGGGGAGGGGUUGAUGAUAUAGGGGAGGUUCAGUCUUGCAAGCACUGCAAGCAGGGGGUUAGGAGGAUUGGGGGGAAGGAGCAUAUUGCGCGGUGUUUGAAGAUUAAGAAGGAGAAGGCGCAAAGGAAGAAGGAGGCUAGGGAGGCGAGGGAGAGGGCGAAGCAGCAGGAGGAGGCGAGGAAGAUUGAGGGGGAGAACGGGGUUGGUGGGGAUGAUAGUGAUGAUGAUGAUGGGGAGGGGGGGAAAGUUGGGGGUGGUGGUGGUGGUGGUGGUGGGACGGCGGGGAAGACGGCGAAGAGGGUUGCCGGGAAGAAGACGGAGGUUGGGGGGAAGAAGAGGAAGGCUGAUGGGGAGAUGGGGGGGAAGACGAAGAAAAAGAAGGAGGAGCCCAAGGGGAAGGUGGCUAAGCCGAAGGGGCCGGUGGAUGUGGAGAGGCAGUGUGGUGUUACGCUUGCUAAUGGGCUGCCUUGCGCGAGGAGUUUGACUUGUAAGAGUCAUAGUAUGAGCGCGAAGAGGGCGGUGCCGGGGAGGAGCUUGCCGUAUGACAUGUUGUUGUUGGCGUAUCAGAAGAAGAAUCAGGCCAAGCAGCAGAAGGCGGCGAUUGAUGCGAAUGCGCCUUUGGAGGAUGAGGAUGAUGUGAAUGCAGCGGCGGUGGACAGUGAUGAGGAGACGGCCGCGGUGAUGGCUGCGCUGGCUCAUUGGAAUCCGCAGCCGGUGGUGCCGCAGCCGGUGUUUACGCCGAUUAAGAGGCAGUAUCAGCUUUCGAGACUGCAUGAGCAGUUGCAGACGGCCACGAAUGGUGGGCGGGUCAAUAUCUUCAAGGUCAGCGGCUUCGGCGCCCAGAGGCUUCCGGAUGGGCAUCCGGGCCUGUUUGAUGCCGAGGAUGCCCCGGGGGAGCCUGACAUCAUCAUGGGCGGUACCGACUUUCAACGACGCUCGUCGACUCCGCCUGGUAUUGCAUCGUCGCCUCCACCCCAGUUACCAAGAAACCAGUCAGCGUCUCUCCCUCCCCAGCGACGAGCUAGCCACCCGCUUACAGAAACAGGGUCGAAUACUGGCACGAUCCCGGGGAGACAGCAGCAGCAGCAACCGGAACCGGAACCGCAACCGCGAUCACAACAGGCAUACCCAACACCGGUUCUAAAGUCGGAAUCUAUACCGAACCUCAACCCACCUCGAGCGAGACCAUCGCUGUCUCUGAAAGUGCCGAAGUCUCGGCCAAAUACACCCAACUUACCUUCUGUCCCAUCUCCCCCCGAACAAGAGAUGGGGGUCUUGGUGUCGCGGCCAGGGGAGGCUAGACCUAGGCAGCAGGGAUUGCCAACACCGGUUAUGCCUUCUCGACCGUCUCCCCGUGAGCAACGUGAGCAGUAUGAGCAACAUGAGCAACCAGAGCAACCUGAGCUACCUGAGCUCCUUGAGCAACCCGAGCAACCCGAGCAAGAGGACCCGCUCGUUGCUCAAGAACGGGCCAUUAUACUAGGAAGGCCCGCACAACCGGCUACGUCGUCACCCGCGAUGCAGUGGGUGCAUGUCCCGGUGGCAAGUAGUCCACAGACGCCUAACCCUCCUCCUACUCCGCGUCUUGGAUCGGAGGCGGGUUCACGCCGGGGAUCGAUAACAACACAAGGUUCUUCUCCAGUGUUGCCCAUGGCUGAACCCCCGGCCAGACCUCAAAAGAUUGACACCUUACAAGUGCCCCCGCAACGAAAUCUUCUCCAACAGCAGCAGAAACAGCGGCGAAGCUCUCUUUCAUCCCACUUACCUUCGAGUCCAGUAGUGCCGUCUCAGGCAGUUCCGAUGGCGCCUCCUGAGCUGAGCCCGGAGACAGUUCCGGCAUCACCCAUCGCACGGCCUGCUUCACGGGCACGACCCACACAUAUCCAAUUACCGCCACAGCAAGUACCCGCAAACUGGGCAGGAGUGCCCCCUCAUCUUCGGCUUCCAAGCCAGGUCUUGCCAUCGCAACUGAACACACAGUUUGCACCACGCCGCUUCUCUCAAUCACACAUCGACCCAUCCACUAGCCACGCAGCCCAUUAUCGACUUGCCCAGUUUCGGGCGAUGCAGCAACAAGCCGGGUUUGCUCAUCAACUAGAGGCUCAGGCAGCUGGUUUUGCAAUGGCAGGGCCAGCCCACCCUAUUCCUAUGAUAAGGCGGGCAUCAGAUGCUCAGCCGCCGGUGUCGCCGGUGUCGAGGACGAUGUCGAUGCCGUUAGCGAUGCCGGGCUUGUCUCCGUCACAGGUGGAGGCGAGGUCGAGGCAGCUGGUGCAUGGCGACUUUGUGGGAGGAAACACGGGGGUCGAGUUUAUGAUGCAGCAGACGCAGGGGUUUGCCGGGUACCCAGGUCACCAGCAGCAUUAUCAGCAAGAACAACUAUUUUUACCACAUCAACAGAAUCCAUUUCAGGGCCAGCAGUAG